AUUAAAAAACCCCACAGAAACGGCUCGCGGGCAAGUCUAAUUUGUGCGCUCAAUUCAAGCUUGCUAGCUAGCUAGCAACAUCAAGCGCUCGCGAUCGCUAUCUUGCAUGGUAUACUUCGAUUCCCCCAAUUCCCGCGUGCGUGAUAUCAGGUGAAAAAUAUCAUCUUGAUCAUCAUCACGAUCAUGGUCUGAUCUUGGUACUAAGUUAGAGCUCAUAAAAACACCAUUUCGUCAUGGACAGUACUGACCGUACAAGUCGAGAUGAAACUGUCAAUCCUCAUGAUGUCAUUCCCACUCAACUGAAGGCAGUUCUUCCAGAUAAUUAUGACUAUGUCAUAACAUCUUUCAGUCUCCAAGAUGCUGGAUUCACUGCUUUACUGGAAGCAAGUGCACCAGAUGCCAUGAAGUGGAAGCAAGACUUCGAAGAAUCCUCGAAGUGUACUUGGAGGGUACAGAGAACCCACCCAUGUCAAGGACAACGUAUCCUUUUCAAGAAAGACUACAGAUGUCAUCAUGGACAACAGAGAAAAAUGAAAGAGGGAUGCUCACGUCAUAUGAAAGACACUGGAUGCUCUUCCAGUCUACAGUUAACUGUGAGGAGAACAAAAACAUUUGGUGGAAGACUAAGCAGGAGCACAAACCCCAACCUCCAGUCUCACCCUGCUAUCAUCAAGAUUGUUUGGAACCACAACCAUGCUAUCAACAUUCCAUCUGCUUUGAGGUUUCGCGAUGUGAAUCAGCAAACCUGCGAGAAACUGGAGGACCUUUUCAGGAAAGGACACUCUCCUUCUAGUGCCCUAAAUGUGCUGGAAAUGGAUCUCCAGACUGACCCAGAGUCCUACAUUCUGAAAUCAGGAGACAGAUCUCUGUGUCCAGAUUUGCAAUUUUGUUUUAGGCUCUACUACAAGAUCUUCAAUCAGACAUAUGGUGCGUCAGAUGGCGACCAAAUGAUUGGUGACUUAGACUCCAAGAUCAUUGCCGGCUACAAUGAAGAGGCUGGGUCAGUCUGCAUCAAGAUGGAGAAGACAGAUGAGGGAGAGCUGGUGAUUGCAAUCUGCACCCCCAUCAUGAAGAGGGUUCACACUAUGCUUAAACAUAGUGGGGAACUUGUCUUCAUUGAUUCAACAGGAAAUGUUGAUCGCCAUGGCAGCAGAGUUUUUCAACUUCUGACACAUAGCAAUGCUGGUGGCCUUCCUCUUGGAGUGAUGAUAUGUUCAAAUGAGGCUGAAAAGACCAUACAAGCCGGAUUGAAGCUAUUUCAAUCAGUUUUUCCAGGGAAUGCAUUUUUUGGCAAGGGAGAUAGAGGACCACAGAUCUUUAUCACUGACGAUUGCCUAGCUGAGCGCAAGGCCCUCAGCUCAGUGUAUCCUGAUGCCAGCUUGCUACUCUGCACAUUCCACAUUCUGCAAGCUGUGUGGAGAUGGCUGUGGGAUGGAAAACAUAACAUCGAGAAGUGCCACCGUCAGUCACUUUUCAACCACAUGAAACAGAUGGUGUAUGCACCCAGCAUUGCAGAGGUUGAUGCUGCUUAUGACCAUGCAUUGAGUGACCCAUUAAUGUUACGAUACUCAAAUUACAAGGCCUACAUCAAAGGGCUGCAUGACAGGAAGGAGGUAUGGGCUCAUGCAUGUCGCCUACACCUGAUGACUCGGGGAAAUAAUACUAACAAUUACGCAGAGGCUGCCAUGCGAGUUCUAAAGGAUUCGCUCCUACAUAGAACUAAAGCUUUCAAUGUGCCACAGCUUUUAGACUUCCUGACCACAAGGAUGGAGGCCUUCUACCAACGGAAGCUGGUGGCAGUGGCCAACCAGAGGACACCCGCUUGGAGGAUGGCAAGGCAGGUCACAUGUUCCAUCAAGAAAGAAGAUGUUACAAGAACUGGAGAGAACAUGUACACAGUAAGAAGUCAGAGUGAGGAGGGAACACAUGCUGUGGACAUGAAGGUGGGAGUUUGUACUUGCUUUGUCGGAAGAACUGGCGGUGCCUGCAAACAUCAGGAAGCUACAAUCAAACAUUUCAACGAGACAUCUACUAACUUUCUUCCAUCAUCUUCAGAAGAAAGGGCUCUCAUAUUGAAGAUUGCUACUGGAAAUGAUGUGAACGUUCCAUUCAGAUGGCUAGAAUCACUCCAGUUUGUUGAACCAAUGGUAGGAUCAGGAGAAGGUCAAACAGAACCAUCUCUGCAAGAUGUGUCAGAUGCGAGUGGAUCUAUGCCUUGGAGCACGUUGGCUGGAUCCUUUGAUGCAGACAGUGGUGAUGACUUCGAAAUGCAACCAAAGAAAGUCCAAGACCCACAGCUUGUGCGUAUCCAGAGUUUGGAAGUUCAAAGAGACUUUCACAAUGCUUUUGAUAGACGUCUUCAUGGUGGCAGUAGUUCAGGAAAUGGUGAGUUACAUUCGUACUAUUCAUUGAAAUUGACAAAUACCAAAAAACAUGUUUUAUUCAAUCUAUAGAUGACAUGAGUGCCACUAUGCUCUUAAAAAUGAAUUUAAAACAAAGUCGUAUCAUGUGACAAAGUGAUGUUACAAAUCAGUAUUUAUUUAUAUUCUGAUAAAUAUUCUGAGAGUAGUGACAUUAUUAUUAUUACUGUUAUUAUUUUAUUCUCCAAUUUCAGAGUAAUGAAUACAGAAAAAAUAGGCAAUCACAAGUUACAUGCAUGAAAGUAAUCACAAUAUAGUGUUGUAUUCUCAUUGAUUUGACCUCAAAACAAUGAACAUUUUCAUGAUGAAUCAUGGAUUAACAAAGCAUUCCACUCAAAUAAUAGUGUUCUACAUUUGUCUGUUCAUAUUUUUUUGUGCAUGAAUUAUUUUGAUCAUGUUUGCAUGAAUUUGUUAUUUGCCAUCCAUUUUACAUGUUCAUGUUUCAAUGCAUGUGUCUAACAGAAACACUUUCACAAGAGGAAGAAGCAGCAGGCAAGGUGAUUGAACAGGGAAAGGGUUUGGGGGGUUGAUUCGG